ACUCUCGUCAUUCCAUAAAACAGCCGUCACUUGUCGACCAAUCCUAGCCUCAAGGUAAGGGACCAAGUCCAGACGGAGAACCGGACGUUCUUUGGCAGAGAGAAAACCUGCGAGAAGAAACAUCGGGAUGAAUGUUGUCAGGUGGCUCAAGAGGCUAUGCUUUGGGUCCAAGAAGAAGAAAGAGAAAGUGGACCUUCUAAACAAGCCUCAUGUCCCGGAAGUUAGAGCAAGAGAACCAGAAGCAGAAGAAAGAGAAGAAGAAAACCAUGUUUGCCUUCCAAAACGUCGGCCAAUGAACACCCGCCGAUCCACAGAUGAAAACCAGAACCAGUCGGCACAGAUUAAGGAGCGGCAAACGUUCCAGCCGCCUCUGGUGGAUGAGGACCAAACCAGCGAGAAGUCCUCAGCAACGGAGCAGCUGGAGCAGCAGCUCUCUGAGGACGACAUGGUGGAGUCCUUCCAAGAGGCGCUGGCAGUGGCCCAGCAAAACGCCGCACAGAGCCUCUUGACCCAAGAGUACAGUGAACCCCCCAGAGAGUCCAGUCCUGACUGGUGCGAGUGGUUGGCGGUCCGAGAGGAGGAGAGCAACGCCCGCCUCCAGAAAGUGUUGGACAGCGUCCAGGAGACGGUGCUCCUCUUCAGCUCCCAGCUGGAGAACAUCCAGCGGAACGUGGACCUGACGCUGGCCGACCUCAAGUCUCAGAUGAGCAGCAUGCAGUGGCACAUGGCGGCCGGCAUCGUGCAGCGUGACCAACGCAUCGCCACGCUGGAAUCCCAGAGCUGCCUUCCGGGACACCAGCAGAAAGUCUCUGAAGUGGACAUGAACCUUUCUCACCGCGUAGCCUAUAAGUACAAAUACGCUUCCAUGGCCAAACCAGGCCCGGUCUCCAGGCCCUCGGUUCCUUACUACCCUUCUCCUGACGCCACCAUCCAGUCGCAUCUGCAGGCCCCCAUCACUGCAGCCCACCCACUGCCCACCUUCCUUUAGCAAGGGGAAACCUUCACAUUGAUUUGAGUCACGAUUGAAGUAUGUUCUUCCAUGGUUCUACUUCCACCAACUAUGUUUGUCCAUGGUUCUACAUCCAUCAAGUAUGUUCUUCCAUGGUUCUACUUCCACCAACUAUGUUUGUCCAUGGUUCUACUUCCUUCAAGUAGGUUCUUCCAUGGUUAUACAUCCAUCAAGUAUGUUUCUCCAUGGUUCUGCUUCCACCAAGUAUGUUCUUCCAUGGUUCUUCCUCCACCAAGUAUGUUUCUCCAUGGUUCUACUUCCAUCAAGUAGGUUCUUCCAUGGUUCUACAUCCAUCAAGUAUGUUUCUCCAUGGUUCUACUUCUACCAAGUAUGUUCGUCCAUGGUUCUUCUUCCACAAAGUAUGUUCUUCCAUGGUUCUUCUUCCACCAAGUAUGUUUCUCCAUGGUUCUAUUUCCACCAAGUAUGUUCCGCAAUUGUACUUCCGCCAAGUACGUCCUUCCACUAUUGUACUUCUCCCAAGUACCUUCAUCCACAAUUGUACUUCCACCAAGUGCGUUCUUCCAUGAUUGUACUUCCACCAAGUAUGUUCCUCCACGAUUGUACUUCCACCAAGUAUGUUCUUUGAUGGUUAAACUUCCACCAUAUAUGUUCUUCCAUGAUUGUACGUCCAUCAAGUACGGUCCUCUACAAUUGUACUUCCACCAAGUACGCUCCUCCAUGAUUGUACUUCUACCAAGUACUUUCCUCCUUGGUUGUACAUGUUUUGAUGGUUGAACUUCCACCAUAUAUGUUCUUCCAUGAUUGUACUUCCACCAAGUAUGCUCCUCCAUGAUUGUAAUUCUACCAAGUACUUUCCUCCUUGGUUGUACUUCCACCAAGUACAUUUUUUGAUGGUUGAACUUCCACCAUAUCUGUUCUUCCAUGAUUGUACUUCCACCAAGUACGCUCCUCCAUGAUUGUACUUCUACCAAGUAAUUUCCUCCUUGGUUGUACUUCCACCAAGUACAUUUUUUGAUGGUUGAACUUCCAUCAGAUAUGUUCUUCCAUGAAUGUACUUGCACCAAGUAUGUUCCUCCACAAUUGUACUUCCACCAAGUACGUUCUUUGACGGUUGAACUUCCAUCAGAUGUGUUCU